CUUGUAUUAGUAGUGCGAGGGCGGCGGGUGGAAGGCGUUCUGGGUUUGCCAAAUCACGCUGCCCGCAAUAACAAUAACGUCAGCAUCUCCUCGACCGGUUGCAGGACAAGAGAAAGGCGGAAAGUAAAAAAGCGUGGCGAUGCAAUCUGCUUGUUUCUUUCGCCUGCUCGCUGCUUGGUCCGAUUUCACCAGCUGUCUACCUAAACAUUAUAUAUCAUUGUCAUCGCAUACUUGCCUUCGCAAAAGACGUAUACACUUGUAAGCCGGCAACUCACUUUCUAUUCUGGAGUAGGCGCUUCGCGUCCUUUAUCCUGACGCUGCUGUUCAACAUGUUGAAACAGCUAGGCAGAAGCAAAGCAACUUCUUCGGCUUCUUCUGGAAGGCGUGCUGCCGCAAAUGCGCACAGCCCGUCCGUGAGCCCAGUUCCACAGCUGCAGCGUACAGCUGCUGCAACGCUACUUGCUGCCGGUCUCUUGGUCGGCCAGGCACCCUCACACGCGGCCAUCAUGGUUGAGGCCCCUGCCCGAGCAGCGCUUGUUGCGCCGCCGUUGGCACCAGCUGUCGUCCUGGCCACCACCACGACAGCACCUGGGCUGGUGGAGGAGGCGGAGGAGCUGGCCCUGGGCGUGUUCCAGUUCUUCCAGCACAGCGCGGAGGCGGUGGGCAACGGCGUGCACCACCUGCAGGUGGUGCACGCGCUUGAGCGGCUGGAGGGCAUGCCACUGGAGCAGGUUGUGGACGUGCAGCUGCUUAAGAGCGCCAUCCACCCCACGGCCAUGCUGGCGGCGGCGGCGGACGACGAGGUCGCCGCCGCCGCCGCGGCGGAGCGCGCCGCCAUGCUGGACUCGGCCCUGGACUCGGUGUGCGACUGGCGGCUGCGGGACGUGGUGGACGUCAACAAGCUGGCGGACGCACUGCAGGACGUGCCCACCAGCGACUGGGUCCUGGACGGCCGCCUGCUGCAGCGCGAUGCCGGCGCCAUCCGCCGCGCCGUGCACUGGGACAAGGUCAGCGAGGCGGUGCGGCCGCAGCAGCUGCGCCGGGCGCUGGAGGUGCUGGGAGGCGGCGCCGGCGGCAGCCCCUUUGCGGAGCUGGACAUGCGCACGGCCGUGAGUGCGGUGCGGCUGGAGGCGGUGAAGCACGUGCUGCACCCCGUGGAGGAGGCGGCGCGCGGCCGCUCGCUGGAGUCGUCCGGCAUGUGGACCUGGGAGUCCUAGGCGGUGGCGGCUGGUGGCGGCUGGUGGCGGCGGCGGACCGGUGGAGGAGGUGGCGGCGUGUAUUGAGCUGGCUGGCGGCUGGCGGACGGGGGCAGCUGGAGCAGGAGCAGGAGCACAGCUGGGGGCGUGAGCAGAGCUGCUGGCAGUGAGGAGGUGUUGGACAGCCUGACAGCAGCAGCAUACAACGGCAUGAGGCAUGAGUUCGUGGGCGUGGGGUCAAGGACGGAGGGAGGGGCAGGGCGGGGUAUGGGAUGAUUAUUUUGUGGGUGGUGGGCUGCAGCCGCACGCGUGCGGACCAGGGGACACCAUUCUUCCGCGAGUUAGUUGGUGGCCGCAAGGGACUGCGAUUGGGCGGUAUGGCAACAAGCGCCAUCACGCCUACAAGGCAUUCGGGCCGCACGCGGGAUCGUUAUGCGGGGUCGCACACAGCCGCAGCCUUGCAAUGCUGUCGGGCUGCGUGCUUGGCUCUGUACGGCAUUGCUCACGCCCCGAAUGCACUUGGUCCCUGCGCGCCAGGGGUGUUUGGAAGCUAGGCGAGGAAGAAAUAACUAGACUUCUUUCAUUCUACACUGGCGCACACUUGGCACUCGGCGUUCUAUCCGCGUGAUUGGAUGGCGCGCCGGCACCUGUGUGGACACUGGUGUUGAUGCGAGGCUUGUGCCCCGGGCUAGUAUUACUGUGUCUCUGUGUGCUCCCAAAGAGAAGCACUGCUGUGCAUACAUACAUUUCACUCAGGCACACACACUUCAUGGCGCGGCGGUACCGAAUGCUUGCGGUCUUGUCGCAAUGACGUGAGACCGACAUAGCGGGUGGCCCAGAAAUUUCAUGGGUCCGCAUGUCCAAUGGAAGGAGUACCGUAGCGCGUUAGCGUGGCAACAAAUGAGCACUUGAUGAUGAGGGCGUGGAAUAACCAGAAGGCGAUAUUUUGUGACGUUUCUUGUGAUCGGCUUGGCUUCGCUGCGUGCCUGUGGCCGGCCGGUGCGCGGCGGGUGCAGGUGGGGAUUGUGCGCCGUCCGACAGGCCGCCAAAGCAGGCGAAUCUAGAUGUUCGUUUGCGGGAUGAGUGUGUGUGUUGUUUUUUGUGCCGCAUGUGACGCACAACCCGUUUUUGGGUGCGGGGCAUGGGCUGCGACUGACGCGAGGAUGAGAGACGUGCCCGUGCCAUUUAUUGUGUCAUGCAUCUUGUGAUGACCGUCGUGGGGUUUCCAAGCAGUACUGAGGCACCCAUAGAGCAGUUUGACCCUAGAGCCGGCAAUGGUGGGAGGCGUGAUGGACGAAUGGACCUUUCACGUCCUGCUGUAAUGACUGAAGGCU